GCCUAUCUUUCUUUAUUUUUUACCCCACUUUACAACGCACACACACGCACACAUAGUUAUACACACACACACACACACAUACAUACACACAUACACAGCAACGGAAAUAGUCUCAACCUAUUAUUAGGAAGUGAAUCUGCAUGCAUCACCUUUUUGUUUAUUUAUCUUGUUCUUUGAUUCAAUCAAUUAAAUUUAUGUCACUCGAAGACAUGGUCGCCUUUUCAUGACAGCCAUUUACUCCACAGCAAUCGGAUUUUUUAUUUAACCGGCCAGCGGAUAUACCCUGCAGACAACAAGCCUCCAAGUCACGCAUUUUUUCGGUCCAAUUUGGUGCGAGCGAAAACAUACUCCACUUUCUUAUAACAAAAAGCAAUGUCUCAGCAAGCGAAGGAAGCCGCCAAGCGAUUGAGUGGAAUGUUCCCCAAGGGAUCCGGUAAGGGCGUUGGCUCUGCUGCCGGUGCUCUUGUCGUUCUCGGUGCUUUGGGCUAUGGUGUCAAUGCCUCGCUCUUCAACGUUGACGGUGGUCACAGAGCUAUCAAAUACACUCGUCUUUUUGGUGUCCAAAACACCGUCUACAACGAAGGUACUCACUUUGUCAUUCCCUGGUUCGAAUCACCUAUUGUCUACGACGUCCGUGCUAAGCCCCGCAAUGUCGCUUCGCUUACUGGUACCAAGGAUUUGCAAAUGGUCAACAUUACUUGCCGUGUCUUGUCCAAGCCUCGCGUCGACCAGCUGGCUACUGUGUACCGCACGCUCGGCCAAGAUUACGACGAACGUAUUCUUCCCUCGAUUGUCAACGAAGUGCUCAAGUCGGUUGUAGCUCAAUUCACUGCCUCGCAGCUUAUUACCCAGCGUGAACGUGUCUCGCGUCUUGUGCGUGAAAACUUGGUUCGCCGCGCUCUUCGCUUCAACAUCAUUCUUGACGACGUUUCGAUCACCCAUGUCGGUUUCUCGCCUGUCUUUGAGUCUGCCGUCGAAGCCAAGCAGAUUGCCCAGCAGGAAGCUCAGCGUGCUGCUUUCGUUGUUGACAAGGCUCGCCAGGAGAAGCAAUCCAUCAUUGUCCGCGCUCAGGGUGAAGCCAAGUCUGCUGAACUCAUUGGUGAGGCUAUCAAGAACAAGCCUGGUUUCUUGGAACUCAAGCGUAUCGAGGCUGCUCGUGAAAUUGCCACCAUCAUCUCGCGAUCGGGCAACAGAGUCAUGUUGGAUUCUGACACCUUGUUGCUCAAUGUCAACUCUUCUGUCAAUACCAAGGAUGGCAAGAGCAAAUAAAUUUUUCAUCUAAGGAAAAGUUAAUGAUAUACAGCUAUAGUUGAUAUAUAGUUUAUUGGGGAGAAUCAUUUAAAGUUUGUUUAUAGUCUCAUUGGUAAAAAAAAAGUAUCCCGUCUUUACACAAAUUACACCAUUAAAAAACUUUUUCAUUUGUAAAA